AUGUCUGCUGUUGCUGAAAAGACUGAGUCUAACUUUAUGAUCGACUUCUUGAUGGGUGGUGUCUCCGCCGCUGUGGCCAAGACCUGUGCCGCUCCCAUCGAAAGAGUUAAGUUGUUGUUGCAAAACCAAGACGAAAUGAUGAAACAAGGUACUCUUGACAGAAGAUACAACGGUAUCGUCGACUGUUUCACCAGAACCGCUAAGGCCGAAGGUGUUGUUUCUUUCUGGAGAGGUAACACCGCUAACGUUAUCCGUUACUUCCCAACUCAAGCUUUGAACUUUGCUUUCAAGGACAAGAUCAAGGCUUUGUUGUCUUUCAAGAAGGAAGAAGGUUACGGUAAAUGGUUCGCUGGUAACAUUGCAUCCGGUGGUGCUGCUGGUGGUUUGUCUCUAUUGUUCGUCUACUCUUUGGAUUACGCAAGAACCAGAUUGGCUGCUGACUCCAAGAACGAAAAGAAGGGUGGUGAACGUCAAUUCAACGGUCUAGUCGAUGUUUACAAGAAGACUCUUGCUUCUGACGGUCUAGCUGGUCUUUACAGAGGUUUCGGUCCAUCUGUUGUUGGUAUUGUUGUCUACAGAGGUUUGUACUUUGGUCUUUACGACUCCGCUAAGCCUCUAUUGUUGACUGGUUCUUUGGACGGUUCUUUCUGGGCUUCCUUCUUGUUGGGUUGGGUUGUCACCACUGGUGCUUCCACCGCUUCCUACCCAUUGGAUACCGUUAGAAGAAGAAUGAUGAUGACUUCUGGUCAAGCUGUUAAAUACAACGGUGCUUUCGACGCUUUCAAGCAAAUUGUUGCCACUGAAGGUGUUAAGUCCUUGUUCAGAGGUUGUGCUGCUAACAUCUUGAGAGGUGUUGCUGGUGCAGGUGUCAUCUCCUUGUACGACCAAUUGCAAAUGAUUGUCUUCGGUAAGAAGUUCAAAUAA